AUGGGUGAGUAUACUCUUGGCAUCGCCACUGGAUUUGCCUUAGGUGUGGUAGCUGCUUUUUUCACAAAACGCCUGCCAGCAUUAAAUUUUAAAGGCGUCCCUGUUGUGGGCACUAAACGGGAAGGGUAUGGUAAUGUGAAGAUGGUACUCGUGGUGAGGAAUGACCUGGGAAUGAGGAAAGGAAAGAUAGCCGCUCAGUGCGCUCAUGCCGUCCUCGGCUGCUACAAAUCUGCUUCUUCUUCUUGUCCUGAUAUAUUGAACGACAACGGUCCACCACCAUAUCGAUCUUUGCGACCAUAUAAGCCGGCUUUAUGCGAGAGAGUAGGUUUAAUGAGAGCCGUGGAAAAGAGGAAGGCACGCUUUCGAGAGCUCUCCCCCACCGCGAUCCGCUUUCCUUCGACCUCCCUCCUUAGCCCCGGCCCCGCAUCCAGGAAUUCCCCCGUUCUAGCCGAGGCUUCCCUCUUUUCUUCCCGGAUUAUCCUCCGCAGACCCCAGAUCCUGAGGGAAGGAGUCCUUUCACCGCAGAGUACUAACGGAGCUUUCGAUAAAGCUGAUGGCUCAUCCGGCCCCCGUUAG